GGCCCUCAGGCAGCGGUCCCCGAGGACGCGGCAGCCAUCCCCCCGGGUGGUUCCGGCGACCUGUGCCCGAGGGACGGGGGCCGGAGGGCAGCGUGGGAGCAGACGCGAGCGGGCCGGUGAGUGCCCGGCUCUGCAGAGAAUUCCCCAUAAAUACUUGAAUUCUUCAUGAAGAUCUUCAACAAGAGUAUAUAGGAGUUACCUAAACACAUUUCUACUAAGUUCUGCCUCAGUGUGCUAUUUGUGUUCCCAACAUACUAAAGCAAUAGAGAAUCAAUCACCAAGCAAUAAAAGCCUUUUUUCCAACUUGGAUCACACGCUUUGUCACUGUUGGACCUGUAUAAAGCAACAUGGAAGAGAAAGGAAGGAUUUGGCGGACCCUGCAGUCACACACAAACCGCUGGACAGCAUAAUCCGUCAGGUAGCCUGAGGCUCCGUGCAUCUGUAAAGCCUGCUUGAAGAUCUGAUUACUAGCCAGAAGUGUUCCAGACUGCUUCUGGACAUGGAGGUGGUCUCAGGUUUUUUUAACCAGUUAACCUAUUUUCUGGCUGCUGGCGCUGUCAGUUUGGGAAUCGGUUUCUUUGCUUUGGCAUCAGCUUUGUGGUUCCUGAUUUGCAAAAGAAGAGAAAUAUUUCAAAAUUCCAAGUUUAAAGCAACUGAUGAGAGAUGCAGGCAAAAGCAAUCAAAGGCAAAGAUUAAAUCUCAUUCUCAGUGUGUUUUUAUCUCUCGAAAUUUUCAUACUGGAAGAUUCCAAUUACAGCAAUUAAAGAUCACUCUAAAGAUGAAUUCCACCUUGCAACACAAAAGGGUCUUUGUCAGCCCCCAGAGAGUAGCUCCACAACAAAUGGCAGCAGUGUUACAUUAA